AUGAAUAAUUUUAAUAAAUUUUCAAUCUUUAAAAAGUCAAAAAAUUUAUUUAUUAGAUGGAAGGGAUUUUCUACAUUUUUGUACUCACAGAAUCCAUCAGCUAUUAAAGCACUUGACUUAAUUAUUGAUUCAUUAUCUCCUUCAUUGACAUCAGAUGAUAAUAAUUAUGAUUCAAAUGUAGUAGUAGUUUUAGCCUCAAAAAAUUAUGAUUCAAAGGAACUUGAAUUGAUCCCUAACUAUCUUUAUUCAUCAAAAAUUAAACCUGGGAUUUUAAUUGGAUGUGUUGUUGAUAAAAUAUUAACAUCAUCUUCGCAUGAUGGCAAUUUUAAUUGGAAAAAUGGAUUAGCAAUAUGGUUUGAUCCUGAAGAAUUAAAGAUUGAAAAGGAAUUAGAGACAAAAUUGUUUGAUUUAAACAUGUUCCAAUCAAUCUCCACAAUUCCAAAUAAAUUUGAACUUCCUGAUGAAUUGAAAAGUUCCACACCAUUUGUAAAUGGAAGGCCGUUUACUAUAUUUUAUAAUAAUAAUAUAUUGUCAAGAGGGCUUGUUGGAUUAGCAAUAACUACAAGUACAAGCACUUCUUCUUUACCAGUAAAUAAAAAAUCUCAACUUGAUAUUUUACAUCAAUCAUUAUGUCCAAUAGGUGAACAUUUAAAAAUAACAAGAUGCAGAGGCAAUAUAAUUUUGGAAUUGAAUGGAAAAAAUCCUACAAAAUUGUUUUUACAAAACCUACAACAAUCAAAUUAUGAUGAUAAUGAUAAAAAAUAUUCAAAAGAAACUGAUUUUUAUUUAGGAAUUUAUGACAAUGUAUUCCAAAAUGAGAAAUCCAUUGAGAUUAAAAAGAUUUUAAGUGGAGAUCCUGCAAAAGAAAAUAUGGCUAUCGAUACUAUAAAAGAUUUAAAAGUUGGACAAUAUGUUAAAAAAAAAAUGAAAUUAAGAAAAUGA